AGCCGCCGCUGCUGCCACCGCUGCCCCCUAUCCGGCGAGCCGGAGUCUCCGUGCCGUACCCUUGGUCCCCGGCCGCGCGGAGCCGGGAUGCACUGCUCCUGCUGUGGGUCCUCAUCAUGGAGACCAAACGGGUGGAGAUUCCCGGCAGCGUCCUGGACGAUCUCUGCAGCCGAUUUAUUUUGCAUAUUCCCAGCGAGGAAAGAGACAAUGCUAUCCGAGUGUGUUUUCAGAUUGAGCUUGCCCAUUGGUUUUACUUGGAUUUCUACAUGCAGAACACACCAGGAUUACCUCAGUGUGGGAUAAGAGACUUUGCUAAAGCUGUCUUCAGUCAUUGUCCAUUUUUGCUGCCUCAAGGUGAAGAUGUGGAAAAAGUUUUGGAUGAAUGGAAGGAAUAUAAAAUGGGAGUACCAACCUAUGGUGCAAUUAUUCUUGAUGAGACACUUGAAAAUGUACUACUGGUUCAGGGGUAUCUAGCAAAAUCAGGCUGGGGAUUUCCAAAAGGAAAAGUAAAUAAAGAAGAAGCUCCUCAUGAUUGUGCUGCUAGAGAGGUCUUUGAAGAAACUGGUUUUGACAUCAAAGAUUAUAUUUGUAAGGAUGAUUACAUUGAACUUCGAAUCAAUGACCAGCUUGCUCGUUUGUACAUCAUUCCAGGAAUUCCAAAAGACACAAAAUUUAACCCAAAAACCAGAAGAGAAAUUCGGAACAUUGAGUGGUUCUCCAUUGAGAAAUUGCCCUGCCAUAGAAAUGAUAUGACCCCAAAAUCAAAACUUGGUUUGGCACCUAAUAAAUUUUUUAUGGCCAUUCCCUUUAUCAGACCAUUAAGGGACUGGCUUUCGCGGAGAUUUGGAGAUUCCUCAGACAGUGACAAUGGAUUUUCCUCAGUUGGUAGCACACCAGCUAAACCCACUGUGGAAAAAUUGAGUCGAACCAAAUUCCGCCACAGUCAGCAGUUAUUUCCUGAAGGUUCUCCUGGUGACCAGUGGAUUAAGCACAGGCAACCACUGCAGCAAAAGCCAUAUAAUAAUCAUUCUGAAAUGUCUGACCUUUUAAAAGCAAAGAAUCAAAGUAUGAGGGGGAAUGGCAGAAAACAGUAUCAGGAUUCGCCUAAUCAAAAGAAAAGAACAAACGGGGUCCACAGCCAGCCAGCCAAGCAUCAGAAUCCCUUGAUGAAAUGUGAAAAAAGACUUCAUCCACGAAAACUUCAGGAUAAUUUUGAAACAGAUGCUGUAUAUGACUUGCCUUGCUCCGGUGAAGACCAGUUGCUAGAACAUGCCGAGGGACAGUCUGUGGCGUGUAAUGGUCAUUGCAAGUUCCCCUUUUCAUCCAGAGCCUUUUUGAGUUUUAAGUUUGACCAUAAUGCUAUAAUGAAAAUCUUGGACCUUUGAUAGCAGCAGCUGUGUUGUGGAAGUCCCAGGAUCAGAAACCUGUUGCAUUUGAGUGGGUGUCUCUUUGAGCCUUACCUUUCUCAGGUGUUUUAAAGAAAUGCAGGGAGGCAAUGAUGUUUCUGAAUAUAACGUUCUCAGCAGAAGAGAGAGUGGAAAGAAACAUGAGUUUGCACUGUAAAUGCAGUUAUAACCUUUUAUACAGAGAGACCUUUUCAGUGUUUGGCUAACGAAUUUAAGUUGCUUUUUAUGAGAGCAUUUUUUUUCUGUGUGGUUGUGGUUUUUAUUUCGUGUUCUGGUCAAAAAAUAGUGCUUGAGUCAUCAUCAGGUAGCCAAGUUAAAGGGAAUGCUUCAUCUAGCCAUGACAGUGAUUGCAACAAGAGUUUCCUUAUGUUGACAUUUUUAAAAGAAAUUAGAAUUCACAAAUAUUAAAUGAAUGCAAGAGCUAAAAUUGUCACAGAAGUCAAGAUGGCAGGUCGUCUGCUUUGGUGGCAUUUUGCGCAUUUCUCUGCCUCUAACCGCUUAGGUUCUCUAAUCCUCCUGUGCUGGGAGAUUUGUUGAAAGGUUUUAUUUAGAGCCAGCAUCUACCGUGUAAUGUUCAUGUUAAAAAUGAACACAGCACUUCAUUACAGGACAAAGUCCUCAGCCCGGAGGGGGACUGAGUUGGUUGGGUAGGGAGUGGAUGCUCUGACUGGGAGUUGAGAGCCUUGUGCAGUCAGCGAACCGGGGAGAGAGGAGCGGGGAUCCUUGAGGUGGGGACCCGGCAACUGCUUUGGUGGCAACUGCUUUGGUCUUGUCUUCACUGUCCUGCCGCCAACUCUUCAGUAUUGUACAAUGGUUUCGUUCCUGUGAAAAUGUAUAUUCUCUAUUACAGUUGUGUAAAUAUGAAUGGAAUGAAUACUGACAUUAUUAGGUUUUACAUUGCAUCUUGGUGUUGAUCUCUGGAAACUAAUGUUGUAUUAGGUUCCAGUUUGCGGUAGUAGCAGAAACUGACAUGCCUUUAGGAGCAUGCCGAAGCCCCUUGAUGAUGGAGCGAGAAGGGAAGGGGUGUGCGGUUCACCCAGGUACAAAUAAAGCAUUUCACUCGCGGAUGAUCAGGACAAGAAGGUAACAUACGUACUCACUUCUGGGACUGUAUUUUGCUCCUUCAGGCUUCUUUAAAUAAAGAUGGCAGUGCCCAUUUUAAGAACUUCAGCUCUAAUUGAGGACAAUCACCAGGACUUUAAGGGGGCUUUAGUGUUUGGACCACUUCUGACCUCGUUGAAGGUAUUUCUUUUGGUGGGGGUGAUGUGUGAGCAUAUGUGUGCGUGUGCAUCUGCCAUGUGGGUUUUAAAAAUCUUUUUUUACAUGUGGUAUCCACAGAAUAUAUCUCUGCUUGUAAAUUUUAUUGUAGAAGUCUUUAUUCUGUAUAGAUAGCCUAUUUAAUAGGGGUUCUAUUUGAUCCGGUGGGACUUUCAGAAGAAGUACUAUUGUAAGGAAUUCACUUGGUAUUUCUUUGCUUUAGCUUUUAAAUGGCUUGAUUUUUAAAGGAGAGAUUCUAUUUAUUAAUAAAAUGGUCAUCCUCUUGGUGCUAAGCAGGAGAAUUCAUGAUUACAGCAGUAUGUUUAAAAUUAGGUUAUCCAUAAUCCUGCAUCUUUUAAUGUGACAAACUUGUGAACCCUUCUGUGACCUUUUUUAAAAUGCAUUGUAGGAUUGCUUUUGGAAGCUCUUACUGUUCUUUCCAGAAAUACAGCUGCUUUGCUUGGGUCUCCUUGAGCCAUAUUUGUAGUUGGUCUCAGCAUUCCAGAUUUUUAUUAAAUUGUUAAGGGAGUGAAAACUUAGUUUGCCUAGCAGGUAAAUCAUUAUCACUCAUUUAAUGUCAUCUGGCAAACAUAAUUUUUAGUGAUUUCGUGUGUGUGUGUGUGUUUUU